AUGGAGGCAUCGAGCCGGCCGUCACUCAGCCUGGAGCAAUUCCCGACAGAACUCUUGACCGACAUCUGCAAGCUUUUGAUCCCACGCGACGUUGCUUGCUUUCGUCUUGUCUGCCGGAUAUUUGGCAAGGUCGGUGCCGAGUACCUUUGUCCCGAGCUCCUGGUCUUUCUGAAGACCCUCAACGAUCACCGACGACUCACUGCACUUUCCCAGCAGCCACAUAUUUCUGGGGGCCUUCGGCGAUUGAACUAUGUUUCUGAGACUUUCGCGGUGUUCAGACCAACUCAUUUUGGGUUCGGCAGAGACACCCGUUUACUAUCUCAACGCCUACAUCAACGACAGUUGGAGCUCAAAAGGAAACACUGGGCAAUCCUGAUGAGCAACAUCGAAUUCGCCAUCUUGUCGAAUGCCUUACCGACCCUCGCCCGUCUCCGACACGUAUCUAUUACUUUCGACAACCGCCGCCCCGAUCUGCCUGGUAGCACCUUUCCGCCCGAAGGUCUCGCGACUCGAGUUGGAAGAUGGCGUCUGGAAGCACUCUUACGCGCUUUGUCGAAGUCUGGACGUGCAAUAGAUCACUUCACUGCAAAACACAUGGACUGGCGCUUCUUCGACCGCGACGAUGCUUUAAUGCUCAACCUCUUCGCGCCACUUGCGGCCGUGAAGCACCUCGAACUCCAAAUUCAUUGUGGCGGUACCUACUACGAUCUCGACGAUGGGAUGACAUUCACUGAUGAAUUUCACGCUCUCCGCCGGACGAUGAAGACUGGGGCUGUCGGGAAAGCUCUUUCAGUAGUCAAGUGCCUUCGCACACUAAGCAUCGAGUUUGACAACCCCGGGUUGACUAUGAAUACUCCCUUGACCCCGAAACGCAGCGUUUUCCUGAAAGAGAUCAUACCUUCAGGCCUGGCUUGGCCCACUCUCAGAUCACUAACUCUGAAAGACAUUGUGACCGAACGAGGAGAAUUGAUGAAGCUCCUUCUUCUGCACAAGGAAAUCCUUCGAGAACUCCGUCUAACGGAUAUUUACCUCGCCAGUACCUCAUGGAUCGACCUGCUCUCGGAUAUUCGACAUCAGCUGUACCUCACUGACCCAAGAAUCUGGGGGUACAUGGAAGGACAUCAUGAAGACGGGGACGACGCAGGAGAAAGACAGACGUGGAAGAUACUCAUGUGGCCGGAAAUGCAGAAACCGGAGGACAUACCGCAGUAUGUGGCUCAUGGGGAUGUCAGAAAGUACCUGUUGGAGGGCGGCAAAGCUCAUCCGAAGCAGAAGUGUCCCCUGGUCAAGCACAACUUCUCUUUUUGA